AUGAAGUAUAUUCGGUCAGCCCUCGGGGUUGCCUUAGUGCUUUUCUCGUCUCUCUCUUUGCAAUCUUCAUCUGAUGAUGCUUGUGCCAAAGCCAUAAAAGCAAUUAAUGCCACAUCUUCGCGAGAAAUCCCAGAACUAUUAGCAUAUGAAUGCCUCACUAGCGUUCCCUUUCACCAAGAUGAAGCUCUGGACACCUUACGGCAGCUGCGCCUAUUCCUCCAAUUCUACUCAGCUCAAACCUACUUUCUCUCACCACCCACACCCGAGCUAGAACUCGCCCCCUUCGAUCUCAACAAAACACUCUCCAAGAUUGAGUCACGAGUACGAUAUAACAAAUACGAAAACGAGCACUCCUUCAAUGGAGAUCUAUUUAACCUCUUCAGCGCAUUCAGAGACACCCAUGUCCGCUUCAUGACAAAGUGCUACGCUGCCUUCUCUUUCGAACAUGAUUACCCUAUCAUCGCCGUGUCGGAUACCCCUAGUAGUAUUCCAAAAAUACACGCAGUAGAGAAGGUGGGAAAUGGGUGGGGGGUGCGGGAUGAAAUUACAAAGAUCAAUGGAGAUGAUGCAGUUGAAUAUCUGAUGGGGAUGGUGAAUGUGCACCCGGAGCUGAGCUGGGUUGACCCAGACGCGAGGUGGAAUCAGUUGAUGGUACACUACUCGGGAAAUGACUAUGUGGGUGGGUUGUUUGCGAGGAGGUAUACAUUCGAUGAGAAUGAGCUUGUGUUGACCUGGGCGAAUGGAACGUCAACAUUAGUAGAAUGGAAAUCCAGAUUAUUGGUCCCGAGGAAUUCUUUCAAUUCGACAGAUACCUUCUACUCUAACGUCUGCAUCCGCAGCGAGAAGGAGGUCGAGAAGAUUCGCACUCUGUAUUCUGGCUCGCUCAAAUACAAAAACAAAACCGAGUCUGCCAGCAAAGCCAAGGGUAAACGGGAGGCAUCACCACUUUACAAAGAGCCUCUUUGGAGUCGUUCCACAAACAGAACCAUCAAGCCUAUCAUGUCCUUCACAGACAACAUAAUUCAGCUCUUCAGUCUUGACAACGAAACUGCCGUUCUCGUAAUCGGAGAGUUUAAGAGCUCUGAAACACUCGUCUCCUUUGCCGGCUUCAUCUCCAAGGCAAUCUCGUACCUCAAAGAUAAAGGGAUCCCUAAAAUAGUUAUCGAUGUCACCGGGAAUGGUGGUGGAAACCUAGCUCUGGGUAACGAUGCCGCUAUGCAGUUCUUCCCGACAGCGGAUCAUUACUUUGGCACAAACAUGCGGUGGAACCCGGCACUGCAAGCUAUGCUUACAUCCAACGUUGACCCCAACCGGACCUUCUGGGACCUGGGGCAGUACCACAGGAUGGAUGGGAGCGAUUUCUCGAGUUACCAGGAGUUUCUGGGACCCCUGCGAAGUGAUGGAGACUAUUUUACGAGAAUUGCAAGACCAGAUCUAGCGGAGAGGAACGCGGAGAAGAAGAGCGGGAGUGCCCUACCUGCGGCGUAUAAGGGGCCACAACCGUUCAAGACUGAGAAUAUAAUAAUGGUGUCAUCCGGAAUGUGCGCUAGCACCUGCGCAGUAUUUGCGGAAGCCAUGUCUGAACAAGGUGUCCGCUCCGUUGUAUUUGGUGGCCGAGCCCGGGGCGGCCCUAUGCAGACCGUCGGCGGAACGAAGGGCACCCAGGACAUCUCAUUCGACGACAUCGCCGCCUGGGCCUACGCCCUCCUCGACGGAAAAACCGAGGCUCUUGACUAUAUCCCCGAUGUGAUGAGCCUAGCCACCAUCGACGCCUCCGUCAACCUCCGCAACUCCUGGCGUAAGGACAACCAAGCACUCCCCAUCGAGUUCAUCUACGACCCCGCGGCAUACCGUCUCUCGUACACGGCGGAGAUGAUCAGGUACCCGGAGGCCAUGUGGAGAGCCGCUAAAGACGUUGCGUGGAACGGCGCAAAGCAGCUCGGCGAUCUCCCUGUCAACGGCACAAAGAACCGUGCAUCCCAAGAGGCGUCAGGAAGCACGGUGAAGCUCAAGUCCAAGAAUCAUUAUUACAACGGCCAGAGGGCUGACUCCGUAGACAAAGAGUUAACCUGGAGUAGUAUUGGACAGUUGAUUUGGUAUAAGCUUUACGGACGGUCAAGGUAG